CUGCACGCUCGUAGCAUAGAGGGAACCGCGGGGCGGUGAGAGUGUCACUUGAAAUCGGUGGAACUCUUCACUUUGCUCACAAGUCGUCAGAAGGACGGAGGCUAGCGAGCGGCACGGACUGGAGUACCUGCAUCUCUUAACCGUUUCACACUUUUUGGAGGAAUAUUUGAAGGUGGACCGUCUUUAUUUUAAGAAAAGGAUUUUCUCAGUUUGAACCUGACUAAUGAAGUGUUGUGCACAACAUUGAGCAUGCAUGUACAUUAACAGAUAAUGCACAUUAUCAGGUAAAAAAGAAAAACGAAAUACGCCUUUUUUUGGAUAUUAUUGUUCGGACUCUAUUUAGAGCAGCGAAUAUAGCACGAGCCACAACUGGAACCUGGCGACGAAGAGGGUACGCUUGCCAUUUUCAAGGAGAGCGAAUUUAAUUUGGAUUCAAUAUACUGCACUAAAAUCAGAUCUUUGUGGAACGGUGAUGAACCUAAUCUUCUGAGCUGUGCUGAUUUUUCCCCCGUGGGAUUGGUGCGGUUCUGGCCGCGCGUAUUCACACCACUUUCCCCCGAGGUAUUGCGAGCAGGACAAGCCUGGAUUAACUGGGCGAUAUUUACGAAGUGGACUCAGGAAACAAAAAGCCAGGAGGCUAUUCGAGGGUUUCGAUUAGAACCAACGGAAUCUCGAUAAUCUGUUGAACACCGUGGCUAUGGCGUGUGCGAAUAAAUUUGACCUUAUUUUUGGAGUUGUUUUAGUUUUGCAAUCUCUUGGAAUUGUGUUUCAAGUGACCAGGGGGGAACUGAUUCCAGCAAACGGGGGGGCGUACGCACACGUGGGGGGCACGUCUCUCUCGGACGAGAGCAGCCCGGUGGAGGUCCGGCUCUACAGCGGCCGCUGGAGACGGUGGCUGUCUCUGCCCAAAUCCAUGGACAACAACCGGGCCAGCCAGGAACAGGACCAGGACCCGGACAGCACCGACCCGGACCGCUUCCCUGGGCUGCUGUCAGACGAGGACAGUGACAACAGUUCCCAGAUAGAGGAAGACACGGAUCACAACUACUACACAUCGAAACUGUUCGGGCCCAGCGACCCAGCGAGCCGAGACCUGUGGGUCAACAUCGACCAGAUGGACAAGGAGAAGGUGAAGAUCCACGGCAUCCUGUCCAACAGCCACCGGCAGGCCGCGCGCGUGAAUCUGUCCUUUGAUUUCCCAUUUUACGGCCAUUUCCUACGGGAGAUCACCGUGGCAACUGGCGGUUUUAUCUACACCGGAGACGUGGUCCACAGGAUGCUGACCGCCACCCAGUACAUCGCUCCCCUGAUGGCCAACUUUGACCCCAGCGUCUCCAGGAACUCCACCGUCAUUUACUUCGACAACGGCACUGCUCUGGUGGUGCAGUGGGACCAUGUCCAUCUGCAGGACAGCUACCACCUGGGGAGCUUCACCUUCCAGGCCACACUGCACAUCGAUGGGAGGAUUGUCUUUGCCUACAAAGAGAUUCCCAUCCUGGUGACUGAUAUCAGCUCAGUCAAUCACCCUGUCAAAGUGGGCCUUUCCGACGCCUUUGUGGUGGUGCACAGGAUUCAGCAGAUUCCCAAUGUUCGCAGGAGAACAAUCUACGAGUACCAUCGCGUGGAGCUUCUGAAAACCAAAAUCACAAAUCUGACGGCGGUGGAGAUGAUUCCCCUUCCCACGUGCCUCCAGUUCACGAGCUGCGGUCCUUGUAUCGCGUCUCAGAUUGGCUUCAACUGCAGCUGGUGCCACAAGCUCCAGAGGUGCUCCAGUGGCUUCGACCGCCAUCGCCAAGACUGGGUGGAUAACAGCUGUCCUGAUGAGACAAAGGACAAAAGCUGCGACCUUGUCAUCAACACCACGCAGGUCUACUCUCACACAACACCGCCUGCCCCCAGGACCACAGCGAGGAGCAGGCUGACCACAACCUCAACCAUGGCCACUUCUACCUCCCACCUCCCCACCAGCAUCCCCACAGAAGAUGACACCAAGAUCGCUCUGCACCUCAAGGACAACGGAGCCUCGCCAGCCGACAGCUCAGCGGAGAUGAAGCAGGGCAGUCUGCACACGGGCCUCAUCGUGGGAGUCCUGAUGAUCAUACUCAUCAUGACCGCCGCCAUCCUCGUCACCGUCUACAUGUACCACCACCCGACGUCUGCCGCCAGCCUGUUCUUCAUCGAGAGACGUCCCAGCCGGUGGCCGGCCAUGAAAUUCCGCCGGGGGUCGGGACACCCCGCCUACGCCGAGGUUGAGCCGGUGGGACAGGAGAAGGAGGGCUUCAUCGUGUCGGAACAGUGCUGAGGGUCAUCUCUCUUUUCCUCUCUACCCCCCUGCUCUCUCUUUCUCUCUCUCUUUCUGCGUCUGUUUCCCAUGGACAGAGCACCAGUACUGGCUUACAGGUGUGGAAAUAUGUUGGGUGACGUUUACUUCUUCUUUUUUGUUAUUGGUAAAAAAAAAAAAAAAAAACGUGUGAUUUAGCCUCUAACUGCUGAAGAAAAAGAUAAAAAGAAUGAUGGAUCCAACCUUCAAGAGGGCGAGAACCUCCUGGACAGUAGUCUUCCUCAGUGAACGUAAAGUCCUCCCCUUCCCCCAGUGUAAUACCUUCUGAAAAGCUUUGAGACCCACAGAGGGGUGACUACUGUCGGCGUGACUAUGCUAAGAGCAUAAUUUCAGAGAAGGCUUGUGUCCUGGUCUUCAGAGAACACUUGUACUGUGAACGGCCCACAGCAGAGACCCAUGACUCACUUGAAGGCACACACUGUUGUGUAAGGAAGGAGUGACCUGAAUAAGCAGUGAAAUAGGGCUGUAACGCGCUUGGAAAAAGUGUAUCGCUCAACUGCCAUCUCUGCUGCUGUGAGGCUUGGGAGGGAGGAGAGAAACAAUAUAUUUUUUAAAAAUCACACCUUAUGUGACAAAAGAUGUUUCAAGUUUCAAAUUAAGAUAUGCGGUUUUCUUCUCAUGCAUCAUUAAUGGGGGUUUUGGUCGUGAUUUUCUUAUUGUUGUUUUGAUUUUUUAACAGGGAAUUUCUUAUUCAUCUUUAUUGCUUUGCUUAUGGUUGCAUUGAUUGAAUUAUUGCCACCGGAAAUCCAAGACGGCUUUGGUCAGGCUGUGUAACCCAGUGAGAAUAAUGAACAGGUACGAUGGAUGGGUCAAAGAUAGCCGCUUAAGAGCUGCACAGAAAUAAUGUAAGAAAUGACUGGAGUUUGUACUCGCUCCAUUACACUUGUAAAUGUUACUGUGUUUCUAAACAAAGCAGUUUAGGCCCCCCUCAGUGCGAACAGUGAGUAGUGUAAGGUGCUUGUUCAGGAAUGCUGUUAAUCCUGCCCGUGCACUGCUGUGUAGGAUCGAUAUACUUGGGUUCAUGGAUAUGUUCUACACUGCAUGAUUGAAUAGCCUGGAUGUUUGGGUUUAAUUAGAUGUUUCAGUGCUGCCAUCCCUCAUCCUUUCACUCAUUUGACUCCCAAGUUCUUUUUUUUCCUUUUUUUUUUUUGCACAAGUCUUAUCGAUGCACAUUUUUUAUGUUUUUUUUAUUUGCAGUUCUAAAGUGAAUUACAAGACAGGCACUUUGGCUAGUGCCCGUGUGUGUGUGUGUGUGUGUGUGUGUGUGCGUGGAUACAAGUAAUGUGCAAGUAAUUCUGAUGGGUUGCUUUGAGUUGCUUUGAGGUGACUAAAGGGUUGGCAUAGACUGAAAAUAUGGUAGGUUCAGCCAUGAUGGAUCAGCAGGAUAUGUUAUUUUGUAGCAGCCUGCCUCGCCAGGGGAGCCAUCUUAAAACAGCAAAUAGCCAGCUUCCAUCAUGCACUGAGAGGGCAAAGAGCUGACAGAAAAGCAGUUGUGUGCAGCUUUGAACCUACAUGUAUAUCAAGCCAAUACCCACACCUGGUUGAUGGUAACAUAUUGGGAAGGAUUUACAUGGUUUGUUAGGAAUUCUUCAAAGCCAGCAUAGCUUGAUUUGGGCACUAGAAGAGAAUAAAAUCCUUUGUGCAUACUGAUAACAUUUGCAGAUUCAGGCUGCGACGCAAUCGUACCUUUGUAGUUUUAACAUAGCAUUUCUGCUCCAGUCUUCCGGGUGGUGUUCUUUCUGUUUUCAGUUAAGAAAUGAGAUUAUUCAUCAUCUUGCCAAUAAAUAACAGCUUGGUUUGAUUAGUAAAAUAAUAUUUCAGCACAUAGAUGAUAUUGAUAGCUAUAGACAUAUUAAGACAAAAUACUCUAUUUUCACAUACAUUUUGUUUACACUGGCAUGGAUACAGAGGUAAAUGAAAAGUUACAUCUGUAUUUUGCACUUUUUAGUAUUUCGCCAUAUCACAGAUUAUGAAAAAAAGUCAAGUGUGAAUUAGCCCCUGACAUUUAUUGUGUACGUACUGAGCUAUGUACCAAUAUUCUUCAUAAUUUAAUUGAAAUACCGAUGACAAUGUAAAAUAAAUAAAAUAAAUCAUGAAUUGUUUGUUAUUCUUCAGGCUGUAUCUUCAUGGUGAAUUGUGUGUGCCCCUGUGGGGCCCCAGUAACUGGACGAGAGAGCACACACUGUGCUUACAACAACUACCCAUAGUGGAUACCCCAAUAGUAGUUAAUAUCCAACAUAAAAUAUUGAAUUUGUCAAGCAAAAAUGCAUGCUUUCCAUGUGAAAUGGACCUUUAAGCACUCAAUUACAAAGCCACAUUGCGAGAUUAUGGGUUUUUCUUUUGACCCAUUGCAUGUGUGUAUAUAAUGACAUUUAAUGCAGAUGCUAAUAUAGGUUUGGGACUCAGUCAUCUGCACAUUAAAUUGAGGUCCUUCAGGAACCUGCUGGGAGCCUUGAGCAUGGAGCCUCACCCUGAACACUGGCACCAAAGACACAUCUCCUUUUUCAACUCCAAACCAUCACAUCGUUUCACAUAUUUUCACUCAUACUCACGCCACUCAGCUAUUCAUCACAUACUCCAGGCUGUAUCUUUUUAUAUGCAAAACAUUUACAAAAGUACCAACACUUGAGUUUUGUUUUCAUGCGAGCACCUAUGCAAACUGCCCCUGUGUUUCCUAGUACUAAAGAGAUUUACUUUUAUGACGUCCUGUAAAACCAGGGGCGACAAAAUGGCAUUUACUUUGCAUGUCUGGACUUUUCAGAAACUGGAUUUCCCCCUCUAGAAUUUCCCUAGUUAAUAUCACAUCUGCUCAUCAAAUACAAUUUCCUGAAACUGCAAAUGUUAACCACUGUCUAAAAUUGCACUAAAGAAACAAAAUAAAACAUUUUUGGUGAAGCUGUGAGGAUGUGAGGUGAACCAUGGGUUAUUCUGCAGUAAUCUUAGCUGUAGGCUGAAUAAUUACUGUAUUUCCUGUCAUGAAUAUCGAAGAUCUGAUCAUGUCAUUGUUGUAAUCACUUGCAUCACUUCACCAGAUCAAUUGUUUUCACACAAGUGUAUCUUAAUGUGCUUUUAGAUGGGGAAAAAGUAAUGUUCUCACAAGUUUAUCUUAACGUGCUUUAGAUGGGGAAAAGCAAUGUUUUACCAUUAUUAAAAAUAGAAUGUACUAUUGAAGUGGGUAAUUAUUUUGUGAAAUACCAAUUUAAGGCAAACAGUGCUGGACUGACAGGGAUAAUUAUGUUUGUACCGUAUGGUUGCCUGUACUGCAGCAUUAGGAACCGAGUCUCACGCUGUGACCCUGUUUGUUUCAAGCUUCUCUCACUGCUUCUAGGAUACGCUGAAAGACCCAAAUCAAACAGAACCAUUGCUGUCUGUCAUUUCUGUAACUACUGUCAUUUUGACUACAUUUGAAAUAAUAAAGAAUGUUGUUUUAA